UAAUUGAUGGACUGCUAGACACAGUAAAAUAAAGUGCAGCACAAACUCUCACUAAUAGUCACUACUACUUCAUGGAUACUUUCCAUUAAAUAGUACACUCUCAGAAAAGGGUACUAAACUAUAAAGCUCCUUGUUGCUGGGGUAGCACCCUUACCUUUUGUACCUUUUACUAUUUAUCCUUGUGUGGAAAUGUAGUCAUUGUUUACCUUUAAAAAGAUUUAAGGUACAUAAUUAGCCUGUAAUUAACUUUUUGGAUAAAAAGUACUCUAUUUGCACAUUUCUAGGUAGGAGCUACAUGCUAAAGCUGUAUCACCCCAGUCACAACGAAUGGUACAAUUUAGUACUCUUUUUUUUCUCUCUGAGAGUGUAGGUUUUGCAUUUUUUAAAUUUACAAGGUGUGUGAACAGCUCUGGAAACGUCUGAAGUAAAGUUUCAUUUAUUGCUUAACUCAUUUUAAUCAGGUGUGAGACAUAAUAGAGGCUAGCAGAGGGUGCUAUUGAGCUAAAAGGCACUUGAGUAACCUGCGAUUCCGUUUGGCCUGUUAGUUACGUCAUUUACGCCUCCCGGGUUCAUUCAUUGGCUAUUUCUCUCAAUCUCGAGGCGGUGACUUAUUUCUGAUUGGCUCUUUGAUUGGGAUGUCAUAGUGCCUCAGUAUUCAUGCUUAACACAGGUUGAAUGCUCGGCAACAAAGUAACGCAAGUGAAGCGUGUGGGCAGGAGGUGAACUUUAUUCGUUUACAACACUGCAGGCCAUAACUUUUUUUUUCCCCCUUAUGAUGUUAUGAGAUUCCGGGUUUGGAUUGCGGAUUAGGAUUUUUAGAUUGUUCCUGAUUUGUUGGUUUUUUUGUUUGUUUUUUGGGUUUAUUAUCUGUUCGGAGCUCUUGUAUGCUGACUUUGUUCAGGACCCCCGCUCAUUGAUCAUGUCUCAGGAGGAAAUGGUGCUGUGAAUGUUUAUCACGCAACAUCUACCAGCGCCGCUUUCUAGCUCCUGGAAAGUACCUUGGUGUUUUAUUUCUACGCCGCACGUGCUUUUUUUUCACGCGCAUCUUUGUGGCGCGUGAAGGAUAGAAAUGUUUCACAUUGUGAAGUUUGGUUUCAUUUUGCACGCCACGGUGUUGCGGUGCUGCUCUGGGCUGCAGUGUGGAGUUUAGGGAAUGUGGUAGAGAACUGAGUGGUAUAAACGCUUUUUUUUUUAUUUCUGUUUCUCAAAAUGGAUGUAACUGUGUCUGAGCUGAUGGCGAACUUCAUGGAGUCCCCGCUGGUGGUUUGGGUGAAGACCUUUGGGCCGCUGGGUUCUAACUCCGACGACAAGCUCUCCAUGUUCAUGGAGUUAGUGGAUGGGGUCUUCCUUCAUAAGAUCAUGACCCACAUAGAUCCAAAUCCUACCAACCACCGAGUGAACAAACAAGUGAACAGUGAUGUCAACCUCAGAAUCCAGAACCUCAGCACUGUUACCAGACACAUCAAAAAUUACUAUCAGGAAAAUCUCCAGCAGCUUGUUCUGAUGACGUUACCCAACGUUCUGACCAUCGCCAAGGACCCUUUGUCAGGCAAGAGCAUGGAGGAGAUGAAGAGGCUUUUGCUGCUGCUCCUGGGUUGUGCUGUUCAGUGUGAGCGUAAAGAGGAAAUCAUUGAGAAGAUUAAGCUGCUAGAUAUUGAAACCCAGGCAGCCAUAGUCUCCCAUAUCCAGGAGGUGACCCACAACCAGGAGAAUGUUCUAGACAUGCAGUGGCUGGAGGUGGGGGAGCUGCCACCCGAGGACCUGGAACCACUGUCUCGUACCAUGGCCUUUCACCUACGUAAGCUCAUUGAUGAGCGUGACGAGUGCUCAGAGCUGGUAUUGGAGCUGACUCAAGAGAGAGAUUACUUGCAGUUGCAGCAACUCCCUAGCUCCGUAGGCUGCUCCAGUGCUGACCAGUCCGCUCAGCCUUCUAUACUCACCAGAGAAGAACGGCAGCACCUGGCAGUGGAGCUUGCCGACACGAAGGCCAAACUGCGCCGUUCCCGCCAAGAACUAGAAGAGAAGACAGAGCAGCUGAUUGAUGCUAGGAAUGAACUGGAACGUCUGGAUGCAGAGAUGCAAAAGCUGAAACAGGAGAACAUGCAGCUUUUGGCGGAGGCACGGUCGGUACGUGCUUAUCGUGAUGAGGUGGAUGCUCUGAGGGAACGUGCAGGCAAAGUGGAUAGACUUGAAACAGAACUUGCUCGCUUCAAAGAGAAACUUCAUGAUGUCCACUUCUACAAGGCCCGCAUGGAGGAGCUGAGAGAGGACAAUAUGACCCUGCUAGAGACAAAGGCCAUGCUGGAGGAGCAGCUGGGUACAGCUAGGGGGCGCUGUGACAAACUACAUGAGCUGGAGAAGGAGAACCUGCAUCUGCGCUCCAAACUGCAUGAUAUGGAGAUUGACCGGGAUAGUGAUAAGAAGCGUCUAGAGGAGCUGCUGGAGGAGAAUAUGAUGCUGGAGAUUUCACAGAAGCAGAGCAUGAACGAGUCUGCUCACUUGGGCUGGGAGCUGGAGCAGCUGGCUAAGAACAAUGAGGUCAACGACGUACGCAAGUCAUUUGUGGUUGAGAUGAAUGAGUCAGCCUCCAGUCGGCUCCUGAAGCUGGAGAAGGAGAACCAGAGCUUGCAGAGCACCAUCCAGAACCUGCGUGAGGCCACACUCAGCCUCGAAGAGGGUCAGCUCCACACUAUGGAGCUGGAGAGGGAGAACCAGGGCCUCAGCAAGAAGCUUGAAAGACUGCAGACUCAACUGGACCAGGAGAAGCAGACCAUAAAGGACAUGGAGAGUCUUGGAGAAAAGCUCAUCAAGGAAAAGCAGAGAAUGGAGAAAGAUCUGGAAACCCUGAGGGUAGAAAAGGGUAAACAGAUCUCCGAGCUGGAGCGAGAGAAGGAGCACCUGAGCCAAACUGUGAACUCCCUGAGGAAACGUGCCCAGGAGGACAGCGAGGAACGCGUGCGUGAGGUGGAAACGGAGAAUCGUAUCCUCCACCAGAAGAUCUCGGACAAAGCAAGUCAGCUGGUGCAGAUUGAGAACGAGAAGCAGCAGAUCACCAAGCAGUUAGAAGGUGAGCGUGAACGUGCCAAGGAGCUGCAGGGGAAGGUAAAGAGCUUAGAGUGUGCUCAGAAGCAACUCCAGGAUCAGCUUACCUCACUCAAAGUGGCUGAAGAGCAGCUUGAAGCCUUGCAGCGCAAGAACAGCUUCCUGGAGCAGGAAAACUGGGGGAUGAAGAAGGACGCAGAAGAGUUACAGAGUGACAAUAUGCGUCUGACUCUGCUGGAGAAGGAGCACAGGAAGCUGGAAAAUGAGAAUGUGGAGCUUCGGGGCACUGUAGCUGAGCUCCGUUCCCAGGCCAAGCGUACCGAAAGACUGGAGAUCAGUUGCAGCAGCCUUGAUAAAGAGAACCAGCGGCUCCAGCAGAGUCUGGAAAGUAGCAGCACCAAAAUUCAGGCCCUCAAGAAUGAACUGCACGAGGCCGAGGUCCAGAGCGAGGAACUGCGGCAUGAACUGGAGGAGCUGAGGAAGGUGGCGAGACGUGCUGAGGAGGCAGAGAAGGAGCGGCGGAAAGUGGAGCAGGAGCUGAGCCAAGCUGAGAAAGAGAGAAAGCAGCUGGAGAGAGAGGCACGUAGGCUGAGGCAGCAAGUGGAUGUGAGGGAAUCUGCACUUGAGGAGAGCACGCUUAAGCUGAGCAGCAUGGAAAAAGAGGGAACAGCCAUGAACAGGGAGCUUGCAAGGCUCCAGGAGGUUGCCAGUAGAGUCAAGGAUAUGGAGAAAGAGAACAAGGAACUGCAGAAACAGGUCACCAUUGACAAGAAGACCUUGGCCACACUCCGAGAGGAGCUGGUGAAUGAGAAGCUGAGGGUGCAGCAGCAGUGUAAUGAGCUAGAGAAGCUCAGUCAUGAGCUGGAGAAGAUUGGCCUGAACCGAGAGAGACUGCUGCAGGAGGAGCACAGCUGUGAGGAUAAUAAAUACAGGAUCCUGGAGACAAAGAUUGAGUCAGCUCUGAAGAAUUCCCUGGAGCUGAAGGAGGAAAAGAUUCAGGGCCUGGAGUCACGCCUAGAGGAGAGCAGCAGCUUGAACCAGCAGCUACGUACUGAGCUCACAUCGGUGAAGAAGACACUAGAGGCCUUGAGGCAGAGGCAGGAGGAGGAGGCUGCCCACUCUGAAAUAUCCCAGAAGGCUGUGGAGCAGGGCAGAUCUGGUACCGGCCAAGAGAAAUGGGAGACGGAGCAGAGAGAAAUCACAGCUGAGCUGCUUAAACUCAAAGAUCGUCUGAUCGACGUGGAAAAGAAUAAUGCAUCCCUACAGACAGAGAAGCAUCUACUGAAAGAGCACCUGAAGCAGCUGGACUCCCAAAACACACAGCUCAAUGCUCAGACACUUGCUCUGCAAAAACAGGCCACAACACUGCAGGAGCAAAACACCGCCCUUCACAAAGACACCGCCAAACUACAGGUAGAGAACUCCACACUGAAAUCUCAGAGCUCGUCUCUGACCGCUCAGUACACGGCCCUACAGACUCAGCUGCAGACUCUGGAGGCAGAGGCUGAGGGUCUGCAGAGGCAGCAUGAGGAGGCUCGAGCCAAACGUGACAGCAUCGCUCAGGACCACGAGCGCCUGCUCAGUGUCCAUGAGAGGCAGGCAGCCGAAUACGAGCAGCUCAUCACCCAGCACACUGCCUUGAAGAGCAGCCAGAGAACGCUGGAGCAGGAACACCGCAGCCUGGAGAGCAAGUAUGCGCUGCUUCUAAAACAGAAGGAUGCUGUGGAGGAGCUGGAGGCAUCUCUGCUGAGAGAGAGGGAGAGUUUGGGGGAAGAGAUCCGUAAGAAUGCUCAGAUUAUGGGAGAGAACCGCAGCCUGAGAGAGGAGAUGGACAGACUGUCGCAAAAACAUGCACAUUUGCGUCAAGAGUAUGACGGGCUGCAGCUUCAGAGCAAAGAGUUAAAGACUUCUCUGAAUGAAUCACAGCUGGAGCUGAACCGCUGGCAAGCACGCUUUGACCAACUCAAAGAGCAGCACCAAGGCCUGGACAUCUCCAUGACCAAACUGGACAACCACUGUGAGCUGUUGACUCGGCUGAAGGGGAAUCUGGAGGAGGAGAACCACCACCUGCUGAGCCAGAUCCAGAUGCUGAGCCAGCAGAACCAGACACUGCUGGAAAGGUCCAUGGAGAGCAAGGAGCUGUACCAUGAGGAGCAGAAACAGUACAUUGAUAAGCUGAAUUCGUUACGGAGGCAGAAAGAGAAACUGGAAGAGAAGAUCAUGGAUCAGUACAAGUUCUAUGACCCAACUCCUAAAAAGAGGAGUCACUGGGUGGGAGCUAAAGCUCUAGCCAAAUUCAUGAAGCCCAAGAAGGAGGCAUCACGUGAGAGGCAGGACAGCUCUCGUGAGCGGAUCCGAAGUGCCCCAGACAUCCCUCUCCCAGAGAUCCCUCACUCUCUAGAUUGUUCCACCAGCAGCCCAACAAUUGCUCCACCUCCACUUCCCUCUCGACAGACUUGCCACAAUCUGGACUCGCCAGGCAGUAUCUCAUUGGAUGAAAACCAUGUCCACUCCUCCCCGAUCUUAUCCGCAGCUUCAAACAAAAGAGGUCUGAGUUACAGCAGUGGUUCCCGAAGCUCAGAGGGGUACCGGCCAGGAGGGGGCAGCACAGAGGACAUGAACGGAUAUGAGGAGCUGGUGCUUAGACAGAGAGGCUUAGAACCAGGGGCAUCCUGCUCAACUCCGCUGAACCACAACUCCGACAGUGCACCAGGCUUCACCCCUUCUAGCUUGAGGCCAGGGCGCAGGCCCAAAGGAUUAAUCUCUGAGGAGGACCUGCGUAUGCACUCCCUUGAUGCCGGCUUUGGGAGCGGUGGCCAUGGAAACGCAGGGCUCAGGCCCAGUUCAGCUGAUUACAGUCGCAACACCUCCAGCAGCAGCUCUCCAGUCAACUCAAAAGAUUCCUUGGAGCGCCUGAAGAGACGUUCUGCCAGUCUCUCCAGUGAUGAUGUGGUUGGACUGAGCCAUGAGAGCUCCACACUUAGCCAGUCCUCUCUGCUACCUCGUAGCUCCACCCUUCCCUAUGAAGCCACACCUCAAUCACGGUCUACCCCACGAACCACCUGUCCACGCCCCAGCUCCCCUGGCAGUGAGAUGGUCACCCUGGAGGAGUUUCUGCAGGAGAGCAACACCCUGUCACCUCCUACUGUACACACAGGAAGUCGGGAGGACCUAAUGACUGACUAUUUCACCAGAGUGGGCAGGCCAACGCCACCCACGAGAGAUGGCGCCAAAACACCCACUAGUUACGUCACGCCCACCAUCAAAACAACAGCUUCCGUACCAGAUGGGCGAUCUUCCAAACCUGGGCACAGUGUUAAACCAAGUGUACGACUCACAGAGUCUUCCAUGACCCUUUCUCAAUCCCAGACACUUCCUAUCCGAGGCACUAGUGGGACAGGGGGGCGGUCCUUGCACCUGCAGCACUCAGGGCCUCGAGGAGGAACCGCAGGCAGCAGCAGCCUGAGCCGCACUUUCAGCCUGGCCUCAGCCGACCUCCUCCAAUCAAAUGGCCCUGACGGUUACCGGCCCGAGGUGGGUGGCACCAUUCAGGCCGAGGGGGUGACAAGGAGGGAGCGUCCACUUUCAGCCAGGCUCACUGGAAGCUCUGGGCACCUUUCACUAGACCCCCGGCGUCUCUCUGUAGCUCCUCCCAGAGAUGACCCACCCAUCACUUCCUCCUCCGCUGCUUUGCAGUCAGACCGAGGCUACACUGGAAGUAGUGGCCGCUCAGGAACCAUUCACUCGACCACUUCACACUAUCCUCGGGGUGAGGUGGCAUUGGUGACGCCAGUGCGUGCUGUCUCUGCCCUGAGGCAAAAGGAGGUAGAGGAGCACAGGGAGACCAGGCAGGCUGAGCAGUCUUCCUCCUCUCUGAAGAAAUCAGACAGUUCGGGCCCAGGCUGUUAUGUAGAGGAGAGGCCCAUGAGCACACCAGCCUCACCAGACCCCAACAACGACCAGCAGACUGUUUGGUACGAAUAUGGCUGUGUGUAACCCAAAGUCCAACCCUGUGGCAGCUCUGUUAAACCAUGUCCACAGUGUUUUUGAUGCAUAUCACUUUGGGACAGCAAUGGUGUGGACUUUUGACUGACAGCAUUAAUAAGUAAAUGGAUUUUUUAAAAAACCCAGUAAACCAACAAAGAGCAUUCACUCUCUCUGUGCCGCAUCGUUCACAAGCCUACUGUGUAAGACUCAUACAUAGAUUGGCCAAGGAAUGUGUUCGGGGUUUAACAUUGCUUGAGAAGGUUUACUCUUCCGCUAUCACACACCAGAGAUUUCCUCCAGCUUUCUGCGGACAGCGUGCCUGGCAGGUCCAAGUUCUAUUCUGAAUGCAAAACUCAAACAUUGGUCUUCACUUGAAGGACCGCUCCCUGGAUAAUCAUAGAGUAAUUACAGUAUCCAUCUUUAGGAGGUGGGGUGAAAACAGCGAGUCCAUCAUUCAGACAGUCUCAAUGGGAUAGGUUACUGGAAACAGCUUCUCUCUCUGAGACUGUAUUGACAGACUAGUGCCUGAACCCUUUUGUGGCUGUGGGUUACCACCUCUUUGCUUCAGAACUGGGUUUUGGUCAUGCAUGGGUUACAGAAACAAAAGAUUGAAUGGGGAAUAGUGAAAAAUAAAAACAGAGCGGUGGAGAUGAAGUUGGAAGUGAAGAUUAAUGCAGAGAGCAGGACUUUCUACACUGAAGUGACACAUUUUGACACAGAGUGUCAAACUCCUGUGGUUUCAUUUACAUUUGAGGCAUUGACCUCAAGAUCUAAAGUGCAUUUCUACAAAUUGUGUCAUUCUGACAUAAUAGUGUAACAAACCUUUGAAACACUGGCUUUUUUAUAUAUGUAAAUACAUUGUAAGAGCACUAUGUGACCUGGACCUUUGGAGCCUUAACUGGAGUCUUAACACUGGACACAUUCCCCAGUUCUCUGUAGGAGAUUAAUCACAAGUAAUACUAACAAAGUCUUUUACUUGGGAAUGAGUUUUAGUGUUUGGUUAGUUUUACAGUUUCCAUGUUCUGAAGUGCUAUUUAUUGACUCCACAGUGAAAUGACGCUGUGACUGUUUUUCCCUCCAAGAUCAGUUUUGUUGUGUAGUUGCUGAGAUUGUGUGUAACUGAGCUGCGACUGUAUGGUUCAAACAGAGACCAAUUUCAUUAAAAUGAGGAAGUAACA